CGCUCGGCGCCCCAGGGCCGGCCCCUUCGACCCGGCCGCCCUCCGCCUCCCCCCCCUGCGGCUCUGCGCCCGCUCCGCGCUGCGGGGCCCGGCAGGCUCAGAAGUUUACUUCAGAUGGCUGAACUGACAACUAGAGGCCCACAGGAUGUCCCUAGCUCUUCUCCUGAUGAAAAUGAAUUUCCUUUUGGCUAUCCCAAUAACAUCUGUGAGGAUGUGCCUGAUCAGAAGUACCUGUGCAGCAGCUGCAAUAACGUUCUGAAGAAAGCCCUGCAGACACUCUGUGGGCACAGGUACUGCUCAGCCUGCCUCUCCUGGAUUGUACGAAACAAUAAAAAUGCAAUUUGCCAGAAAUGUAAGGAGGAAGAUCCCAGCACUUUGAGUGAGGAAAGCCUGUUGGCAGAAGAAAGGGCUUUUGGUGAUGCUGCCAUUAAUAAAGAGAUUUCUGAGCUCAAAGUGCACUGUGUGACCCUUGGCUGCAGUUGGUCUGGUAUCAUGAAAAACUUUGAAGAGCAUCAGAGUUUGUGUGAAUAUGCUUUAAUCCCUUGCCACACUGGUUGUGGCCACGUGGUGAUGAGAAAGAAACUUGCAGAUCAUUUGGAAAAUGGAUGUGUUAAUAACGUGACGAUGUGUCAGAAGUGUAAGAGGAGCUUAUCCAGUAGUGAAUACCAAGAACAUUCAUGUGAAGGCAGUUUAUGCAAGGAACAAAAAUGUAUGCAAAUAGAAACAACAUCAAAGGAGCAGAACUGCUCUGCACCCUUAAUCAGCAGGGAUGGAUGUUGUUUUUCUGAAGUUGGCUGUUCAUUUAGGGGAAGCAAGGAGAAGAUAAAGGAGCAUGAAAAAACUGCAGUUGGGGCCCACAUGCUGCUUCUGCUGCAGCACAUAAGGCAGCUGAAGGCAAGCUUGUUCAGUGCUACCAAGGCUGCAAACAGCUUCAUCCCACGGUCAGAAUGGAGUCGGAAUGGUGCAGGAAACAGCAUCUCUGAUCUGCAGAUCCCAGCAGGGUUGGACAUCAGUGGGGAUGUGGAAGUAGACUGUUUCCCUGGAUCUUCUGUUUCUGAAGAGGAAUCUGUUCUGCAGCAGCUUAUGAGGGAAAAAGUGAUUUCUGAGCUAGAAAAUAAGCUGCAUGUGUUUGAGAACAUUGUGGCAGUGCUCAACAAAGAGGUGGAGAGCUCAAACUUGGAAAUCGCAGCCUUUCGGAGACAGAGUGAGCUCGAUCAGAAUCUAAUACGAGGCCUUGAACUGAAGAUUGCAGAGCUGCACCGGUGCCUGACACAGAAGGAUGCAGGUCUCAGUACUCUCCACAAGAGUCUUCUGUUCUCUGAGCAAGCUUCCUAUGAUGGGGUCUUUCUGUGGAAAAUAACAGAGGUUGGGAGGAAGCUACAGGACUCUGUGACGGGAAGAACAGUCAGUUUGUAUUCACCAGCUUUCUACACUGCAAAGUAUGGCUACAAGGUCUGCCUGAGGGUUUAUCUGAAUGGGGAUGGGACAGGAAAGGGAACCCACAUGUCCCUGUUCUUCGUUGUCAUGAAAGGAGACUACGAUGCUUUGCUCCCAUGGCCUUUCAGACACAAGGUUACAUUUAUGCUGCUUGACCAAAACAACAGGGAGCAUAUCAUUGAUGCAUUUCGCCCAGACUUGACUUCUGCUUCAUUUCAGAGACCAGUGAAUGAGAUGAAUGUUGCAAGUGGCUGUCCCAUGUUCCUCCCUCUGUCCAAAUUACAGUCACCUAAAUAUGCUUAUGUGAAAGAGGACACACUUUUCCUUAAAUGCAUCAUAGAAACAAAUUAGUGAAUCUUGAAAUGUGGGUGCCUGGUAAAUCCCCCACUGAAUUUCAUUAGUUUACAGGGCAAAAACUCAUCAGCUUGAGGCCUUGUGUUAGUUUUCGUAUGUACACAAAAUCCAGAGGGCCUGAGCCUGUGCUUCCUGGAAUUGAUUCCCAUCAGCUGAAGAUCUUCCUGCCAGAGCUGGGCUGCUGCUGAGCAUGCAUGUGCCUGGUGCCCCAUGGAGUGUGCUGCUGCAGCUGAGGAUGGGGAUUCUUUCAUCAAGCAGCCAACACUCCUCCUCAGAUGCUGCUGGCAGCCACCCCCUGCAGAAGCAGUUGUGGAGCAGGCACUGUGCUCUCCCACGCCUGGCCCAGGCCUGGGGGUCAUUCUGCUUGGG